CUCCGUGGAUCUACUGGUUCAGUUUUCCUUCUGUACCUUUAAUUUCCCCUUUGGCCACUUUUCUUAUUUUUUACCUUUUUAAUACUUUUUAAAAAUGCAAGAAAAUUUAACUUUUAAGUGACAUCACACUCAAACUAAUACUUAGAGUUUGUCCACAUGUUUCUGCACCUGGAUAUCUAGACAUUUACCCUCUGUGAUGUUCCUCCUCCUCAUCUGACUGAAGCUCACCUGAGUCCCCUCGGCGAUGGAGGUUUCUGCCUUUGGAGCAGCCUCCAGGUUUCACAUCGACUCCCUGCUCUCCCUCAGGCCGCCCGGCGCGCUCCUCAGCCGGACAGAGCCUCCGGAACUCAGCCCGGGCAGCAGCAGCGGCUGCUCUGCGCCUCCCUCCCCGCGGAGAGAGCACGGUCCCCGGAUAGAGUCCGCGCUGCUGUCCGGUCACCUGCAGCAGCUCCAGCCCCGCAGCGUCGGAUCCUCUUUUCUGAUCCGGGACAUCUUAGCGGACUGUCAGCCUUACUCUGACCCGGGACAGGUUUACUCUGACCCGGGACAGCUCUAUGAUAACCCCGGACACCCUGAGCUUGAACCCGUGCCGUUCCAGUCCGGACCGGAAGAAGACUUUCAGGAUAAAAGUCCCAGCAGUUCAUCUUCUGACAGUGAGUGCAGAGCGCAGGGCGAGGCCUCGGACCCGGGCUCCUCGUGUCGCCUGAAGAAGCCUCGUAAAGCCCGGACGGCCUUCAGCGACCAGCAGCUGUCGAGGCUGGAGAGGAGCUUCCAGAAGCAGAAGUACCUGAGCGUGCAGGACCGCAUGGAGCUGGCUGCUUCCCUGCAGCUGAGCGACACCCAGGUCAAGACCUGGUACCAGAACAGAAGGACGAAGUGGAAGCGUCAGUCGGCCGUCGGUCUGGAGUUCCUUGCCGAAGCCGGCCGGAUGUUCCUUCCCACUCACUUCCUGUACCCUCCUGCCCCGCCCACACUGGACAUGUACCUGUACAGAAACCACGCCCACCAUCACCCCCAUCACCACCACCACCCGGCCCCGCCUCUGCUGCCCCACAUCCUGACCCACAACGAACCGCUCCCCCGCUGAGGAGGCCGCGGUCCUGCUGGACGACGCGCAGGACAAAGAGGUUUUGAUUAUCAGCAAUAAAAAAAUGAUAAGACUUCCAGUCGCUGCAGGAACUCUGGGCUAAGAGUUCCUGCUACCAUAUAUGGGCGCUGCUCAAGACUUAAGGAGACACGUUAUCCGCUGUGAUCGGGGGAAAAGGAAGUAACGUCACACUGAAACACUGAGAAGGAGGGAAAGUGGCGUGAUUCGUUGAACACACUGAGAUCUGAAACAAAGACGAAUGGAAGAGGAACACUUUGGUCCUGACGUGAUCAUCUCCCAAAAUCAGAAUCACUCUGUAUUUUAUAAAUGAUGAAGGAACAAGAAAUCAGAAUGUCAAGUCUCACACUCCUGAGAGUUUCACAGAUAUUCUACGACAGCUCCUGAAGUUUUCCUGAGUUGCUCUCUAACGUGUGUCCCUGAUGACCGGUUCAGUGAGGUCCGGGAGACCCUGAAGUCAAGACGAAGCAUAAAUGGACACUGUGGAGGUCCCCAUGUCAUGCUGUUAUCCAAAGUGGCAAGCUAAAGAGAGUCCGACGCUGUGAUGACAGUUUUUUGCUUCUUUAAAUAAAUGCUCCCUGCGAGCAGAGAAGAGUAUGAAGCUGCUGCGCUCACAGGAAAUAAACGUCAACAUCAGCUCACCCUGGAUUCCUGCGGGGCACCCCAAACAUUCUGACCAUGGGAGCCAGAAGUCUGAGGAAACCGCUCUACUUGUUCCUUGAUUUAUAACCUCAGUCAACAUUUUCCUCUUAAAGUGAAACAGACGAUACAGCAGCAGGUAUCUUUAAGGCGUGGUUACCUUCGAUUGACAGAUCACCAUCAGGUACCUCCUUUUCUCUGAUCCUACUACGGUCCCAAAAAUGGUCCCAAAAACAAAAUGGCGGCUUCAAAUUGGCAGUUGGUGAACCAAUAGAGGACGUCUCAGUGGCUUCAUCCACUUCUUAAUUCCAGUCUCUGAUUCAGACAGAGAUACAGAGGAGGCGUUUGGUGGUUCUUAAUGUCUGUAGCUGUUCUGUUUAAGGUUUUUUUUAACUUUUAAAUAAAUAUGACAUUGAUUGGUAAUAACCUCA